UGAGGGGGCCGAUUCUAGGUAAAGAGUCUGAAGCCGCCCCUGGAAGUCAGAGCACAUCCGGUAUUGCAAGAGCUGGGAACCUCCUCAGAGGCUGGUUGAGAAGAGCAGAGGCUCUGUCCCACAGACUCUGGAACCAUGAACAUAUUUGAUCGGAAGAUCAAUUUUGAUGCACUUCUAAAGUUUUCUCAUAUAACCCCCUCAACACAGCAGCACCUGAAGAAGGUCUAUGCCAGUUUUGCCUUGUGUAUGUUCCUGGCAGCUGCAGGAGCCUAUGUCCAUGUGGUCACUCAUUUCAUUCAGGCUGGCCUACUGUCUGCCUUGGGCUCCCUGGGAUUGAUGAUUUGGCUAAUGGCAACACCUCAUAGCCGUGAGACUGAGCAGAAAAGAUUGGGACUUCUUGCUGGAUUUGCUUUCCUUACAGGAGUUGGCCUGGGCCCCGCUCUGGAGUUGUGCAUUGCUAUCAAUCCAAGCAUCCUUCCCACCGCUUUCAUGGGCACAGCAAUGAUUUUCACCUGCUUCACCCUGAGUGCACUGUACGCCAGGCGCCGGAGCUACCUCUUUCUGGGAGGUAUCUUGAUGUCGGCCAUGAGCCUGAUGGUCUUGUCUUCCCUUGGGAACCUUUUCUUUGGAUCUGUUUGGCUCUUCCAGGCAAACCUAUAUAUGGGACUGGUGGUAAUGUGUGGUUUUGUCCUUUUUGAUACUCAACUCAUUAUUGAGAAAGCUGAACAUGGAGAUAAGGAUUAUAUCUGGCACUGCAUUGAUCUCUUCUUAGAUUUCAUUACUCUCUUCAGAAAACUCAUGAUGAUCCUGGCAAUGAAUGAGAAGGACAAGAAGAAAGAGAAGAAGUGAGAUGACCAUCCAGCCUUUCUCAGUUUGGCUUCUCUCCCCCACCUCUCAUUUCCUCUUUGCACACAUUACAGGUGGCGUGUUCUAUGAUAAUGAAAGGCAUCAGAAAAGCUUUUGUACUUUGUGGUUUUCUCUAUUUUGAAUUUUUUGAUCAAAAAACUGAUUAGCAGAAUAUAGUUUGGAGUUUGGCUUCGUAUUCCUGGGGUUCUUCCUCACUCCCUUCUGUCAGCCCAUCAUUAGUUCUUGCUCUGCUCCGGCAGCCGGCCCACCUCAGUGAGGAGCGGGGCCAGCAGAGAGAGCAAACUCCAGGAGUCCACGUUCCUGCCGAGCCUCACCCUGUAGACCCCAGAUUGCUUGGUAGAGCCACCUUGGCCCACCCUUCCUCAACACUGUUUGGUUUGCACACAGUUCCGGUGGGACUGUGUGCAGUGUGUUUUCUGCUGGGAAGAGUUUCACUGGCCCUCUGGUUAACUCAGGCUCAUAUUUGAGCUAUCAGCCCUACAAAGAAAGCAAAGAACCCCUUCGAUGGGUGCUGUGCUUCCUCUGAGCUUCCCAAGCUUGUCAGGCAUAUGUCUUCUGCCUUGCCAUCACUAAGGGAAUGUAGGCUUCUGUGCAUUCUCUUUUCCACCCCUGCCUGACCCUCAGGGAAAUCUGCCUGCUUUCCAUCCGCAGGGUGGGAGGAUUUCAGCAGAAAGGGAAGACUUAGGUCUCAUCAGGCAUUUAUGAAAAGGCUGAGUAUGUAUGGCAAGAUAAGACAGCACAGAAUUCUCAAUGACCCUUUUUGUAUUUUUGUUGUUGUUUUUAAAAUUGGUUGUUAGCUUAAUUACUGAGUGGCCUCCACCAGGUGGCUGUGACUGAAGGUCCCAAGAGAGGAAGGAUAAGGAAAGGGAAUGGUUGAGUCUUUGAAUCCUGCCAGACAGAGCUAAAGACUUUGGGGGGCAGUAGAGGACAGAUCCUCUCAACUGAGUGGGUCUUAGCACAGAUAAGAAAAGCAGUGCUGUGGUGAUUUGGGCGGCAGCAUCAUAAGAGCCCUUCAGUGCACCCUGGACACCUAGGGAGUGUCAGGCCAGAGGUUCAGGGCAGUAGAUAAAUGUUCAUUUUAUACAUGCACUUUAAUUUCUGGUCUGCUCACCUGUUUCCAUAAAUCUGCAGGUAGGAGCCAGGUUACCAAACUUGGAAGGGCUUUGUGGUUAUAGGUGUGGCUGACAGGUCCUAAUGGUAGAUCACCAGAUCCUUUCCUAUGGGCUGCCACAGUCAGUUUAGAAGGGUAGCAUCAGAAGAGGUCAUAGCCCUGGCUACUCAUGGGUUUUAAUGCAAGGGGGCCAAGCCAUUGAAAGAAAGUACAUUAUCAGCAGGAUGCUAUUUCUGGCUCUCCCUGUUCACAACCAGUGCACAGUUUGACACAGCGGCUGCUGGUUGUUCGUGUGUUGCUAAGCCAUCCCAUGAAACUUCCUGGAGUGGCAUGCCACCCAGAAUGGCUCCCUUCCACUGAGGAUGCUGCUCUUACCUGCUGCCUCUAGCCUGUGGCUUGAGACCUUACUAACAGGACUUCCUCGUAAGCCCACAUUAGCAACUUCCCAUAAAUUUGGUGAUUCUCUGUCAGUCUUGAGAAUCU